AUGGCCUUCAUUCGUGCUCGCUGCGUCUUACUGUUUGCGUUCCUUGCGGCGGCGCUGGUGACGGUUGCCUACGCACAGAAAUCUGUCACCAUCUAUGCCAAGCUGAAUGACUACAAAGAGGUUCCCUCGGAUGACACAGAAGCUGCCCGGAACGCAGUUGGCGACCGAACCGGCGGCAAUGGGGACAUGGCAAUGAGAAUCUACAAGAGAAGAGGUCAGCCUGUGUGGACCGAAUACUCAGUGAUGCCUGAAAAUAUGGACGAAGAUACGCCUCCGACCAUGACGCAGAUCCACAAAGCACCAGAGGGAUCGAACGGUCCUGUGGUGUUAGAUCUGCCGUGCACGUACCAGCAGAUGGGGAGCAGAGACUGGUUAUGCAACGGCAGUCUUGGGAAAGAAGCAGCGGAACGGACUGGAGAGCUUGCGUCGGCCCUCAAGGAGCUUUUGGAGAAUCCGAGUGGGUUCUACUUGAACCUUCACACGGAAAAGUAUCCUGAUGGUGCCAUGCGCGGGCAGUUUUUUAAGAGUUGA